ACCAUGGGACCCGAACAGUGGCUGUUCCUUCAAUGGCACGAGCACAAAGGCUCGUUAGUCUCGACAUUUGAGAAACUCUUCGAAAGGAACACUUUUGUAGAUUGCACUCUCGCCGCGGAAGGGCAAUACCUCAACGUUCACAAAAUGAUUUUGAGUGCAUGCAGCCCAUACUUUGAGAUACUUCUGAACGAGAAUCGUGAUAAACACCCAAUCAUAAUUCUCAAGGACGUCAAAUUUCGUUCUUUGAAGUCCAUUAUAGAAUAUAUGUACCGCGGUGAGGCAAAUGUUUUGUCCACGGAAAUGACCGACUUUCUCGCUGCAGCGGAAACCUUGCAAAUUAAAGGCAUAGGCAAGCAAGGCGGCGGCGACACCCGCACCCAGCCGAAAAACCUGCGCGACCUCAUGGAAGAGCAGUCUCGGCCUCCGUGCCCCACGAUGCAAAUCAUCAACGAAGAGAAAGACAACUGGGCCGAUUCCGAUCUCUCGUCCGCGCUCACAGAGACCGUGCAGGACAGCUUCGUCACGCAGAACGCGGUUCUGUUCAGCCAAGGAGACGCCGGCCCCACCAUCGCCCUGCCUCAGAAGCUGCCGAAGGCGGCGGCCCCCGCGGAGGCGGCGGCGGAGGAGGCGGAGGCGGCGGCGCCGGGCCUGGGUUCGCACACCGAGGCC